UUAACAUUCGUCCUUUUGAUGCACUAUUGUAGUCAUUCUUUUUUAUGUUUCAGAGUAAUUUUGUUACAUAAUUGCACAUCCAAUCACAUGUUGUUGUAUUUGCAGAAUCUGGAUUGCAUCUCUUUGAUAUUUUAAUCAGAAAUGAAAAUCUGAUAGGGGUUUUGGGCAGAAAACGAAAAGGAGCUUCAUUUAACCAUACUGAGCAUGCUCCAAUGCUUUUGAGCAUGCUCAGAUGCACAGUGUACCACUCGUGGAUGGAUAGGGCGAAGUGAUACUACACCGGCAGUCUUGCCUUUCUCCUCGUGCAGCGCUCGGUAGGCUGGCCAAUGGAGCGGCCUGCUGGCGUGUCGGGAGUGCGUGCGCUGCCCGGGGUUUCGGGUGAUGGAAGCGGUUCUGCGUCUCCCGCAGUGGCCGCUGCGGAGCCGGGCUCGAAGACCUGGUAUGUGGGAAGGCCGCAGCCGCCGGAUUCGGGCUGGGAACGGCUCCGGGAGCUCUUCUGCCGAGAUGAACUAAAUCGCUAUCCAGAGGAAACUGUCUAUAUUUUCAAAGCCUCAGUUACAGCAGGUAUUGCUGGCUUCGUCUAUGGAGGUAUACCUGGUUUUAUAUAUGCCAAGCAACGAUAUAUUGAACGGAGCGAUGGAGAGAUUUACCACAAUCGCAUGGAUGCUGCGCAAUCUGCACACCGUGCAGCCACCAGGGGCUUCAUCCGCUAUGGCUGGCGUUGGAGCUGGAGAAUUGCAAGCUUUGUGACAAUAUUCAAUAUAGCAAGCAUUGGUCUGUCUGUGUACCGUGAUAAAAUCACCCUGGGUAACUUCGUUGUUGCAGGAGCUUGUACAGGAUGCUUGUUCAGAAUACACUUGGGCUUGGGAGGCUUGGCCGGAGGCAGCAUUUUUGGAGCCUUGUUGGGAGUCCCUGUAGGAGGGUUACUAAUGGCAGUGCAACGUCUUGCUGGUGAAACCUUGCUAGAGAGGAGAAAACGGGAGAGAAGAGAGUUCUAUGAGCAGAAAUUGGCAGAAUGGAAUACCAGCCUUAGCAUCACUGAGAAUAUCUCAAAAGAAAUAAAUGAUGCCCUUCAGGAAGAACCUGGUGAGAGAGAUGCUGAAAAGAUCCAGAACUGACUAAAUCUUCCUUCUGAUCCUGAUUAAUAAGUGGACAGGAACCAGCUUAGUGCCAUGAACUGGGCAUCUAACAUCUUAUGUCAACAGAUGCUGUGUUAAGGUUUCCCCCAUACCCUGCUGCCUAGAGCACUAUGAACUUUUCCAAGAAGAACUCCAAGAUUUGGUCAGAUACACUUCAGGGAAUGGAAAGUUCAUUUUCAAAUGAGGGUUAGUUACUUUUUUAGCAGGAAAAGAAAGAGCUUGAAUGUCCCUAUGGAUACAUUGGUGAAAUAAAAUACUCAGAACAGUCACAAGUACAGAAGUCACUUUUGCUGGAAUAACUGAUGAGGUGGGUUUAUUGAAUAGAUCUUCAGUUAUAACCAAGAGGAUUAAUUGUUGUAUUAAUUAGAGGCAAUUCCUGAACCUCUAAAUCCAGGAAUAAUGUUGGAUGAAGCACCCUACUUCUCUUCAGUGCUACAGAUCCAGAGAACAUUUUGAGAUAAAAUAAGGUCACGGUUCAACACAAUCUAGCCUUCACUAAUCUGUGCUACUUGGUAUUUUCAAGGCAAAUGUCACUGAUUAAAUAAAUACUGUGAGCGUGUGUCUAAAGAGAUCCAUUCUUACAGCAUGAUAAUCUCAUGAGCAGGGCAGAUUGUGCAAAUAAAACAAAUUUACAUGUU